UUUGCAAGUUAGGAAGCAAAAACACAUUAAUUUCCAACCAUGGCCUCAAUUUGGCAAGUUCUUUCACUAGUUGUAAUAGUCCUAUACAUUCUUCAACAAUUACACAACAAAUUCAUGAAAAAGAAAAAGAAACUUCCUCCAGGUCCAAAAGGGUUUCCAAUUAUUGGAAAUCUAUUUAUGAUUGGCAAAAACCUACAUCAAGAUCUUUAUCAAAUAGCCAAAAAACAUGGUCCUAUAAUGAGUAUGAGAUUUGGUCUAGUUCCUAUCAUUGUUGCUUCAUCUCCUCAUGCUGCUGAACUAUUCUUGAAAAAACAUGAUCUUGUUUUUGCUAGUAGACCAUAUAAUACAGCUGCUCAAUAUAUUGGAUAUAAUCAAAGAAAUCUUACUUUUGGUAAAUAUGGUCCUUAUUGGCGAAAUAUGCGAAAAUUAUGUACGUUAGAAUUGCUUAGUAGUCUCAAGAUCAAUUCAUUUCAGGCCAUGAGAAAACAAGAAAUUGGAAAUUUUGUGACUUUUCUCAAUAGAGCAGCUUCUAAUGGUAUUGAGGUUGAUAUUAGUGCUAAACUUGCUUCAUUAAGUGCAAAUAUGGCUUGUUUAAUGGUAUUUGGGAAGAAAUAUAUGGAUGAAGAAUUUGAUGAAAGGGGUUUUAAAGAUGUAAUUCAAGAGACAUUAGUUAUAACUGCAACACCAAAUAUUGGUGAGUUUUUUCCUUUUCUUGAUAGGUUUGAUUUGCAGGGAUUUGUUCCACGUAUGAAAAAAUUGGCAAAGAUUUUUGAUGAUUUUUUCGAGAAAAUUAUUGAUGAACAUGUUCAAGAUUCCAAGAGGGAGAAUAAGCAAGCCAAGGAUAUUGUUGAUACUAUGAUGGCUAUUAUGCAAUCUGGAGAAGCUGAAUUCGAGUUCGAUCGUCGCCAUAUCAAAGCUGUUUUGCUGGACAUGUUAAUAGCUUCAAUGGACACUGCAUCAACAGCAAUUGAUUGGACUUUCACUGAACUUCUAAGGCAUCCUAAUGUAAUGAAGAAAUUACAAAAUGAGUUGGAACAAGUAGUUGGCACAAACAGAAUGGUGGAAGAAUCAGAUUUGGAAAAAUUAGAUUACUUAGAUAUGGUUGUAAAAGAAGGUUUUAGGCUUCACCCUGUUGCACCACUAUUACUUCCUCGUGAAUCCAUUGAAGAUUGUAUUGUUGAUGGUUUUGAUAUACCUAAAGGUUCAAGAAUUUUAGUAAAUACUUGGGCAAUUGGAAGAGAUCCAGAAGCCUGGCCCGAACCCGAGAAGUUCAAGCCAGAAAGGUUUGUUGGUAGCAACAUCGAUCUUAGGGGACGUGAUUUUCAACUUUUACCAUUUGGCUCAGGGAGAAGGAGUUGCCCCGGAUUACAAUUAGGGCUCACCAUUGUUCGCUUGGUGUUAGCGCAAUUGGUUCAUUGCUUUGAUUGGGAACUACCAAAUGGUAUGGCGCCAGAAGAUUUAGAUAUGACUGAGAAAUUUGGUUUAGUUACAGCUAGAGCUCAACAUUUAGUUGCUAUUCCUACUUAUCAAUUGCAUGUGUAGUUGAUGUGAAUCUUCCUAGAAGCUUAAUUAAGUAAAAAUGAAGAUCUUUGUCCUCUAUAUUUUUCAUUGUAUGACAAAAUUUGGUAACAUUUACUACAUAUGGAGCUACCACUA